UGCCGCCUCCUCUGCAACGCCGGGGCUGGAGUCUCAGAACCGAGGGCCCGCAGGGGUCCCCGCGGCCGCCGCGAUGCAGAAAUACGAGAAACUGGAGAAGAUUGGGGAAGGCACCUAUGGAACAGUGUUCAAGGCCAAAAACCGAGAGACCCAUGAGAUCGUGGCUCUGAAACGGGUGAGGCUGGAUGACGAUGAUGAGGGAGUGCCGAGUUCUGCCCUUCGGGAAAUCUGCCUACUCAAAGAGCUGAAGCACAAGAACAUCGUCAGGCUUCAUGACGUCCUGCAUAGCGACAAGAAGCUGACUUUGGUUUUUGAGUUCUGUGACCAGGACCUCAAGAAGUACUUUGACAGCUGCAAUGGUGACCUAGAUCCUGAAAUUGUGAAGUCAUUCCUCUUCCAGCUGCUAAAGGGCCUGGGAUUCUGUCACAGUCGCAACGUGCUGCACAGGGACCUAAAGCCCCAGAACCUACUCAUAAACAGAAACGGGGAGCUGAAAUUGGCUGAUUUCGGGUUGGCUCGAGCCUUUGGGAUCCCUGUUCGCUGUUACUCAGCUGAGGUGGUCACGCUGUGGUACCGCCCACCGGAUGUCCUCUUUGGGGCCAAGCUGUACUCCACGUCCAUCGACAUGUGGUCAGCCGGCUGCAUCUUUGCAGAGCUGGCCAAUGCGGGGCGGCCGCUUUUCCCUGGCAACGAUGUAGAUGACCAGUUGAAGAGGAUCUUCCGGCUGCUGGGGACACCGACUGAGGAGCAGUGGCCCGCCAUGACCAAGCUGCCAGACUAUAAGCCCUACCCGAUGUACCCGGCCACAACGUCCCUGGUGAACGUCGUACCCAAGCUCAAUGCCACAGGGAGGGACCUGCUGCAGAACCUCCUGAAGUGUAACCCCGUCCAGCGCAUCUCCGCAGAAGAGGCCCUGCAGCACCCCUACUUCUCCGACUUCUGCCCCCCCUAGGCUCCAGGACCCCAGCCGCCAGGCUGCGGCCUGGCCUAUUUAAGCCCCUUCCCGGGAGGGGAGGGAAAGCAGGGCUGCCAGUGUGCUGAGCUCCAGCUGUGCUGGGCCCGGCGCAGGGAGGGGCUUGAGCCGUGUUCUCUCCCUCCGUGGACUUUAUUUAAUUUCAUAAACUGGCUCC